AUGACAACGAAUACUAGCAACCUGAAGCUAUCUGGAAAUAUAAUAGGUCUGACAGGCAAACAAUCACAACCGCACACCCAACAGCAGCAGCAGCUACAGCAGCAGCAGCAGCAACAGCACCAACACCAGUUACAGCAGCACCAUCUUCAGCAGCAGUUGCAGAAACAGAAACUUAAGCACCAUCUUCAACAACAACAGCAGCAGCAGCAGCAACAACACCAGCAAGGUUCGGUGGUGACCACCACACUAUCGAACGGAGUCGGCCAUCAUCCCGGCGGUGGCGUGUUCACGUCCGCCCUCAAUGGUGGCGGACUCGUGAAACCUUCUGGUGGACUGACCGGGGGUAGUGGAAUCCCUCAGCAAACUGCAACCGGAACUGCCGGAGUUCCGGGGCAGGCACCAGGUAGUCACAUUCCACCCCGCUAUCAACCACCGCCCCAUCCACCGGGUGGCAUCCUUAAGAACGGCUACACGAACGGCCAUCUGAAGGCGGCAUAUCAACGUCCGGACGGGGCACAAAACGGUGGACUUGCGUACAACGGCACCAAAGGAUACGUGGGCGAAAACGUGAAGCGGCCGCCGAAUCCGUCCCGCCUGCUAGCACCCCGUCAGCACAUCCGUUUCUCGAAUCUACCUCCACUGGUGAACGGUGGUCCUGCGGCCGUUAGUCAGCCGACCCAAGCGCACCAGGCUGCGAUCGCUGCCCAUCAUCAGCAGCAACAGAUCCAAACGCUUCACCAUCUGCCGCCGGCACCGCACGCACGCCUCAGCUCGGAAUCAUCGUCCGAGGACCAGACGACCAGCUCGACGCGAUCGUUACAGGCGCAUCUGGCCCACGCCAAGGCAUCGGCGGUAAGCGGAUCGUCGAACGCCACGCAACAACCUGCCACCGUACCGAACGGACCGUCCGCCGGUCACAUCCAUCACACGACAGCGAUAGUGCAUCAAAGUAGUCAACCUAACCCCAGCACCAACUCGAACGGAACGGGCUCCUCCAGUGGGCCGGGGCAUCUGAAACCUCCACAGCAGUCACAUCUACCUACUGCCACCGGUGUACAUCAUCAGCAGCAACAGCAGCAACAGCCUCAUCCGGUUCACACACUUCAACAUCCGUCCCAGUCACAGCAGCAAUCAGCCCAGCAGCAGAACCAGGAGAUGCUGAAGUUUGUCCGGAAAGCAGAGUCCGAAACCUCCUCCACACCGACCUCGUCCAGCGGUGGGGGUGGUGGUGGAGGUGGACGCAUCUCGGCACUGGAGCAGAAUCGACAUUUUCAGAAUCUGCUGGCAGAGCUGAGGGCCCUGAAAGAGGCUAAUCAGCGGUUAAGUGAUGACAAUCAGGAGCUGCGCGAUCUUUGCUGUUUCUUGGACGAUGAUCGGCAGAAGGGACGCAAGCUGGCCCGAGAGUGGCAGAGGUUUGGCAGAUACACGGCGAGCGUUAUGCGACAGGAAGUCUCGGCUUAUCAGACAAAACUGAGACAGCUGGAUGACAAGCAGCAGGAGUUGAUUCGUGACAAUCUGGAGCUUAAAGAGCUCUGUCUGUAUUUGGACGAGGAACGGAACAAUACAGGUGGUCGUACGGCGGUCGUCUGUUCCAGCUGCGGUAACUCGGCGAAUGCCGUACCUUUGCGGGACGAUGGUGAUGGCAGCAGUUCGAGCACGAAUGCGGACGAGAACCUGCACAACAUCGCACAGUUUGGACGCAACGGAAUGGAUCUAAACAUGCGAUCGACUCUAAGCGAUCAGACGCUCCAGUACGUGCGGGCCCUCGAGACUAGGAUACGGCAGCUAGAGGAGGAACGAGCGGUAGUGCUGAACAACAGUGCGACAACGCCCGGCACAACCACGAACGGUGGUGGCCAGGUGCAGGUGACAACUUCUUCGUCCAGCGAUCCAAUUUCCGGACGUCCCGAGGCAGUCGUGCGGGCUCUGCAAGUGCUGGAAGUACGCGAACAGUUGGAACGAGAACGAAUCGGCAACACACCACCGGAUCAGCUGGACGACGGCGAGAAGGCACUGGUGCGCGAGAUGUGCAAUGUGGUGUGGCGUAAGCUGGAAGACGCUCCCAAUACCGGUAUCGAUCAGCACGUCUAG